UCCCCCGAGAUAUAAAAUAAGCCGCGUGGCUCUCCAGAUCCUGCACUAUUUGCCCAGACGGCAUCCGCUCCAUUCAAACACCGAGUGCGUCUCUGCUGCGGUGCGUUGCGCGCAGACUGGAGAGAGAUGACAAGAGCCCCGCGGAACUGGCCACAUAAACAUGGAUCUCUGUAAAACGCUGAUUUCGGUGCUUUGGAUAUUAUUGCUGAACAUAGACGAACACUGUCACGCCGAGGAAGUGGUGCUGCUGAAUUCUAAAGAGACUCAGGCAGAGCUGGGCUGGACGUCUUACCCCCCCAAUGGAUGGGAGGAGAUAAGCGGUGUGGAUGAGAAGUACAAACCCAUCCGGACAUACCAGGUGUGCAACGUGAUGGAGCCCCUGCAGCAGAACAACUGGCUGCAGACCGGCUGGGUGACGCGUCAGGGGGGCCAGCGCAUUUUUGUGGAGCUCCAGUUCACGCUGCGCGACUGCAACAGCAUCCCCGGUGUGGCGGGAACAUGCAAGGAGACGUUCAACCUCCUCUACGUGGAGACGGACAGGGACCUGGGGGGCGUGACCCGGGAAGACCGCUACACCAAGAUCGACACCAUCGCCGCCGACGAGAGCUUCACGCAGGGCGACCUGGGCGAGAGGAAGAUGAAGCUGAACACAGAGGUGCGUGAGAUCGGACACCUCAACAGGAAGGGCUUCCACCUGGCGUUCCAGGACGUGGGCGCCUGCGUGGCCCUGGUGGCCGUGCGGGUGUACUACAAGCGUUGCCUAGCGACCGUGCAGAACCUGGCAGUGUUCCCCGACACGGUGGCCGAGGCGUCCUUCGCAACGCUGGUGGAGGUGCGCGGCAACUGCGUCAACAACUCCGAGGUGGACGCUGACAGCCCUCCCAGGAUGCAUUGCAGCGCCGAGGGGGAAUGGCUGGUGCCCAUUGGGAAGUGCAGCUGCAGCGCCGGCUACGAGGAAGGACACAGCAGCUGUGAAGCGUGUCCCCAUGGAUCCUACAAGAUGUCCUCCAGGCAGCAGGAGUGUUUCCCCUGCCCGGCCAACAGCAAGGCAGAGGAGGAAGGAUCGGUGGAGUGUGUGUGUGAGGAGGACCACUUCCGAACCCCGCUGGACACACCCUCAGCCGCCUGCACAAGGCCCCCCUCCCCGCCUAGAGACUUGGUGUACACCCUGAAGCAGUCCACACUGAUCUUAGAGUGGGCCGCACCCUCGGACACAGGCGGCAGGGUGGACCUGACCUACAGCGUGGGGUGCCGGCGAUGCGUUGGGAGGCAGUGUGAGCCGUGUGGGACGAGUGUGGGCUUCGUCCCUCAGCAGUUGGGGCUGACGGAGAGGACGGUGACCCUGGUCAAUCUCCUCCCCAACACCAACUACACCUUCACUGUCGAAGCCUUGAACGGAGUGUCAGAGCUGCUGCCCAACAAGCGCUUCUACACCCAGGUCAACGUGUCCACAAGCCUGCCAGCGCCCUCUCUGAUCAGCGAGCUGCGAGCGGAGAAGAUCGAGCAGAAGGGCCUCACCCUGGUGUGGAGGCAGCCCUCCUACCCAAACAGCAGCCGCACCGAGUACGAGGUCAAAUACUACGAGAAGGAACAAAAGGAUCAGAGUUAUUCUACUGUGAAGACAGCCGCCACACGGAUCAGUGUCAACAACCUCAAACCCGGCACCACAUAUGUCUUCCUCAUCCGCCCGUUCUCCACGCCGGCCCCCUCCUCGUCCCUGUCCUCCUCCCCUCUGUCAUCCUCCGCCUCUUCGUCCUCCGCAACUUCUUCAUCAUCUUCCUCAUCGUCGUCGUCGUCCUCUCCGGCGCCCAUCGACUACGGAGCGUACAGCGCCCCCCUCGAGCUGCAGACACUUGGCGAGUUGGCACUGGCGUCCAGCGAACAGAAUCCAGUGGUGAUCAUCGUGGUGGUGUCCGUGGCCGCCCUCAUCAUGCUGCUCUCCAUGGGGGUCGGUCUGCUCAUCUGGAGGAGACAAUGCGGCUACAGCAAGGCUUCUCAAGAGGGCGACGAGGAACUUUACUUCCAGUUUAAGAUCCCAACACGGAGGACCUACAUCGACCCGGAGACCUGCGAGGACCUGCUGCAGGCCGUGCACGCUUUCGCCAAGGAGCUGGACAACUCCAGCAUCAAGAUCGAGAGAAUUGUGCACACAGGUGACUUUGGGGAGGUGUGUCGCGGCUGCCUGAAGCUGCCCAGUAAGAGGGAGCUGCCGGUGGCCAUAAAGACGUUAAGGGCGGGCUGCUCUGACAAACAGCGACGCUCCUUUUUAAGCGAGGCCGGCAUCCUGGGGCAGUUUGACCACGCCAACAUCAUCCGGCUGGAGGGCGUCAUCACCACGGGUAACACCAUGAUGAUCAUUGUGGAGAGCAUGACUAACGGAUCCUUAGAUUCCUUCCUCAGGAAACAUGAGGGCCAGAUGAGUGUAAUGCAGCUGAUGGAUAUGCUGACCGGCGUGGCAUCGGGGAUGAAGUACCUCACCGAAAUGGGCUUCAUCCACAAACGGCUGGCCGCACACAAGGUGCUGGUUAACUCCAGCCUGGGCUGCAAGGUGUCUGGCUUCAGACCUCUGCAGGACGACAAGAUAGAGGCCAUCUACACCUCACUGCACGGAGGUAAGAGCGUGGUGCUGUGGACCGCUCCGGAGGCCAUCCAGUACCACCGCUUCUCCUCCGCCUCGGACGUGUGGAGCUUCGGCAUCGUCAUGUGGGAGGUCAUGUCCUAUGGAGAGAGACCCUACUGGGAUAUGGGCAACCAGGACGUGAUCAAGGCGAUCGAGGAUGGUUUCAGGCUGCCCGCUCCAGUAAACUGCCCCCCCCACCUCCACCAGCUGAUGCUGGACUGCUGGCAGAAGGAGAGGACGGAGAGGCCCAGCUUCAGCCAGAUCCACUCAGCCCUCAGCAAGAGCAUUCGCUCCCCCGAUGGCAUCGGCUCCUCCACGUUGUCACGCAGAACCCUGAGUUCCUCCAUCACGCUGGCAGAGAGGCCGCUGCACUCCUUCCCAGCAUUCAACUCUGUGGGGGAGUGGCUGGACGCAGUGGACAUGGGCCGAUACAAGGACAACUUCACCGCCGCAGGGUACUGCUACCUGGAGUCUGUGGCCCGGAUGACCGUCCAAGAUGUGCUGAGUCUUGGCAUCACUUCCCUUGAGCACCAGAAGCUGAUACUGGCCGCCAUCCAGACCCUCAGAGCGCAGGUCAUCCAGAUGCAUGGGCGCGGGGUGCAGGUCUAACUAACGGGGGGGCGCCUGCUCUCAACCUGCAGCUGCAGACCCUCGUGUGUGCAGACGGAUGAUGGGGUGGAGAAGAGGAGAGAAAGAGAGAUCGCUCUUCCAGACAGAAGGAAAGAUGAGCAGAUCUUUCAGCUAGCUGCACUCUAUCUACUCUUCCUUCCCACACAUCCUCAUGCCUUCCUUGAUUCCUUUCUUCCUUAUUUGUUUUUAAACCUCUCAGAGACGAGUUCCUGUCGCCGUUGGGGGGAUAGCAGAGGAUUGACGUCACUGACUUUUUUUUCCUGUGACCUCUAUCUGCACUUCAAUAACAAUGUCAGCUCCAUCACACUGGUUCUGGAUCAGUGCGUCAAGGCAGAUUAAAUAUUGUCUGAGCAGGACGCUCUCUGUCUGAAGCUGACCUCCAAGCUGUCGGACUAGUGCUUAAAGGAAAAAUAUAAGGGUAGAAUUUCCCUUUAACACAACAUUGAUUGACUAAAAACAGUAUGUGGCCACACCCAGGGACUAUUUCCUUUGCCUGGGAUCAGUUGCUCUGAUACAGAAUCAUAUCGUUGUACGUCAGAGCGUAUUUCAUCAGAUGUGAGAGGAACAUUUCUGAUGAUCCAACAUGGCUGCAGUAGCUUAAGAAGACUGUGCUGUCCCAUGUCAAGGAUCCAGUGAGAGUGAGGUUAGAUGAGGCCUAAAUGAAAGCCUCCAGUAAAUGAGUCUUAUAUUCAGUAUAUAACGUGUGCAGACGGAACGAACACAGGCCCGAGGACAUGCUGUACGUUCAGGAACGUCAACCUGUUUUCUUGUUUCCCUUGGGGCUACUGAUGGUCGAACAAAAGCUGCAGGAUACAAUUGUAAAGGUUGAAAAUGUGUGUUUGAUUGUUCAUUAAUUUGUUGUGCGUCGCUGUCUAUUUCGCUGUCAUAGUUUCUUUAUAUUUCUCUUCUUUCCAGUUGUUUACUUUGUGCAUUUAAAACUAAUUCUCCCUUUCCCCCGCUGGAUGUCUACUCCAUGAUCCUCCUCACUACUCUGUAUAGAGCACGGAAGAUGGCCAGAUUCAGAUAUUUAUCCAUAUUUAUUUAUGUUUACAGACUGUACCACAAACCUCUGUGAAGAAGAGCUUGAGAAGGGUUAUUUAACUUAUAGUAUUUAAAAAAAUAAAGCAGUUGUGUUCUUGUUUUCUUUAUUUUACUGCUGAGUUUAUAACUGAAUAAAUGAGUAGUUUUGUACACUGGAGGGUUUUUACUGUCGGCACACAGUAUCUGUGUAUUCUUGAACACUGGAGCUGGUACGGUUGAAGUUGAGGUCCAUUAUCUUUGGAUUUGCUGUAUACAUGACAGUGUGUGUGUUGCAGUAUGAAUACAGUAUUAAGGAAUGUCAUAUGGACUUUUUUUCUCUAUGUAAAUGUUGGAUUAUCAUGUUUAAUUUUGCGUUGUUAAUAUCUGGCUCUGCCAUGCUACGUGGUUGCACUUUUUCCCCAGAUAACUCCCAGAAUUCUCCCUGUACAGCGAUCUCACCUUUUUUUGUUUCAAUACAGGAGACUUGAGCGAGGACGUUUAUUGGGGCAUUAUCAUAGGUUUUCACAAUAAAAAGGUACAUUCAUUUCUGAGUGAAAUAUUGUAACUGGUUUGUAUUUGGAACAAAAUGAGUUUUUCCUCCUUGUACGCUACUUUCUCUGUAUCCGUUUUGUCAAAUGAAAUAAACUCAUGUGUCCUUUAUAGAUGGAAUCACACACAUACUGUAACACACCAAUGGUCCCUUUGACACACACACAAAAGACUCCACACACACACACACACACAUGCAGUUGCUUUCACACAAACUGGACCUCUUCAACACAAUGAAUGAAACUUCCCCUCUGUCCCUCUCUCUGUUACUGUGACCAUUAUGAUAUAUGUUUAAUACUGUAAAUAUGUACUUGAAAAUGCUAAAUCUAUUUUUAUAAUUUGUUUGAGAAACAAUGUGUUGAAUAUAAUAUCUGCUCACUGUGUAAGGGUUUUAUUUGUUGAGUCUAGGGCCAUAGCCAAGAAAAGGUGUUUGGAAUAUAAAAUUGAAAAAAAAAAUGUUUUUUUGUUAGUUUUUUGAUGAUUUUUACCUGUUAGAAGAAAAUCGGAUGGCUGUUGCAAUAUUGAAACUAUUAAAACAUUUCCAAUACAA